AUGGCCGUUGCACAAAGGCUUCUCAUUACUAUGUCCCACGGAGUCGGGAUUCACUGGACGUUGCCUGUUCUCCUGCUGCUGGGCACCGUGGUUGGGAUGGUUUCAUCGUACCCUAUCCCAAACAGGCCUAAUGGGACGUCACUGGAGAGGACGUUGGAGUUGCUUUUCUCCAGGUCGAUGGGAAUCCCUUCCGACCGAUUUGAUGCCAAGUGGAAGAACAAUUAUUUGCAGGGAAUUAAGAGACAACGGAGGCUCUACUGCAACGUGGGAAUUGGGUUUCACCUGCAGGUCCUCCCGGAUGGGAAGAUCAAUGGUGUUCACAAUGAAAGCCCUUAUAGUCUCUUAGAAAUUUCCACAGUAGAAAGAGGAGUUAUUAGCUUGUACGGUGUGAAGACCGAACACUUUAUAGCAAUGAACAACAAAGGAAGAGUAUAUGCUUCAGCAUCGUUUCAGGAUGAAUGCAAGUUUAAGGAAAUCCUGCUAUCAAACAAUUACAAUGCCUACGAGUCUCAUCUAUACAAAGGCGCUUACCUUGGAUUAAGCAAGAAUGGGAAAAUUAAAAGAGGAACGAAAAUUUCACCAGCAAUGACCGUCACACAUUUUCUUCCACGAAUAUGA